UAUAAACAUAGCAUUCACUACCAUGACAAUCAGCAAUAUUCAACUUUCCAUUUACGCUUCGCUGGUCACAGUACUCGAUAAAACCUUUUGUUUACCAAUUACUCAGGCAACCGAGGAAAUUAUAAUGAGUGACGAUGAUCGAGACAUCGACAUUGAGAGCGAUGAAGGUGACGAUUCCGAUUCUAGGCAGAGGCAUUCAAAUAACACCCAAUAUUAUUCUCAAGCAGAGAAACGUGCACACCAUAAUGCAUUGGAACGCAAACGUAGGGAUCAUAUCAAGGAUAGUUUCUCGAGCCUCAGAGACUCUGUACCUGCAUUACAAGGAGAAAAAGUUGCAAGCAGAGCACAGAUACUUAAGAAAGCUGCUGAAUACAUACAGUUUAUGCGUCGCAAAAAUUCAUCACAUCAACAGGAUAUUGAUGACUUGAAACGUCAAAAUAGCCUUUUGGAGUCUCAAAUUAGAGCUCUUGAGAAAGCAAAGAUAACAGGCAAUUUCGCAGCAGAAACUUGUGAAGUUACAAAAUCAGAAGGUGUACCAAUGCCAGGAUACAAUGAUACAGAAUCUGAAUCUUCAGAUAGUGAAGCAAGCAGAACUGUGCGUCAAUCAAAAAAGCUAAAAGUUGGAGGCCUCCAUCAUUGACCAAUGGUUUGAUCCAAUCCUUAUUCUCCAAAAAAUUUAUUUUUUCGUUGCAACUAAACUCUAUAUAAAUAUUUAUUUCCAAAACAUGAAGACACUUACUCACUGAAAAGCAGAAAGGAAAAGAACUUUUCAGUGGAGUUUUGAAUGUCUUAGAGCCAGUGUACAAAAUACAAAUUAUAGAUAAUACUAUUGCU